GCAUCCGGGCUGCUCGGCCGACCUUCCGGACGCGAACAGCAGCGGGGAGAUGAGCCCUCCGCGCGGCCCGUCCGUCGGCAGGACGCUGCAGACGAGCUUGUUGAACCUGUCGGACAGCUUUAACAGCAUGUCUACGGCGGCGGCGUUGGUGCUGAGUAGCCCAGGCCAGCACGGGUACAUCGAUCGACGGAUGAACAGAUAGAUCUUAGCCUGGCCUCGAUCAUAACAAAUUUCCAAUCUGCGAGAUUAUAUAGGUAUAGAUUUGUAGAUUAUAAAUUCGUUUCCAGUAGGAACACAAUGGGAUCCUAACAAAUUUCAACUUGUGUAGAGACUAGAGAUUGAGUUUGUUUUUUUGUUUUUUUAUGAGGGGCGUGUACAGAUGAGUUGGUUUCCAACUCUUUGUUUUUUCAGGGGUGGUUUCCAACUUAUUAGAUUGAUUUGGUUUCUAAUGUGGGCUCCAAGUCCAUGCUCGCCAGGCUAACAUCUCGAGCCGCUUCUCGGCCCAUCCAGCCACGACCCACCGCAAAAGGACUUCCCUCUUCUAAAAAAAAACUAGUAAGACGGCCAGUCGACGGCGGAAGGGAAACAGGGGUUUCCGCGGAGGCGCGGCACGGCGGCGCCGGGUGGUCGCCGGGAACCGCGAGGGUUGCGGGGCGAGCGUUCUCCUUUUUCCCGCGGCAAGCUGCCCGCCGGACUCACCAAUGGACAUCUCUCUCCAACUUGAGGCACUGGCUCAAUGGUCACUGUCCAGCAUGCCGGUGGCAUAAUUUCCACAUCCCCAUCCCGCCGGAGCGAUGGGCGGGGCGACUAGGGACGGGUCUCGCGACCACGGCGCCGGCGGCGACCGGCGAGUCAGAGGACGGUUCUGGGCGCUAGUGGAGAGUGAUGAGGAGGACCAAGACGACGGUCGGCAUCUUGAUGCCUGCUCGCCGGAGACGGCGUCACCUACGCCUUCAGAUCAUAUCUGCGAGGCUUUCAAGAUUGGAUAUUCUGAGGAUGAGGUUGCGCUGUUGGUAGAUGAGGCGAUCCCGCAGGACGAUCCGGCAAGGACUGGACUGGAGAAGACGGAGAGGAUCGAGAUCGUUCGGCGCGUCGUGCACCGGAGGACGGCGGCGACGGCGAUCCGGCCAUGGCGUGGCCCUCUUCCAAAGGUUAUUUUCAGAGCCACGGCGUUGAUCCGUUCGUGGUCGCUACUCACUCCGACGGAGGCCAGGGAGCGUUUGGUUACUGGAUCUAUCCGCUGGGAGAUGGUAGCUCGGGAUAUCUUCAACCGGUUUGGAUGGCGGUCAUGUAAUAGGAUAGGCAAUUAGUUUACCUAUCUCUCUUUUGCCAGCCGGUUGUGGCGUCCUUUAUUUGGCUAGUUUGUGUUCUAGCCCUUUUGGCUCUGUGUGAACUAUCUUUUAUUUUCUUUUGGAGACUUUAAGGCCUUGUUGGAACAUAUUUUUUUGUUUUAAUAAGAUGGUCGUAUGCAUCGUUCUGAUGCAGAGGCCGGGAAUCCCCCUUUUCGAAAAAAAUGCACUAGCUCAA